ACAAAAUGGCCGCCAACAGAGGAGUGAGGAUGUUUUUCAAACAUUUUGUACAUCGAACAACAAGAAACCAGCCAGUAAAUUUACCAUCGAAGUGCACAUCUCAUUUUUGUACUGAUAAACGUGAAAUAACUUCCAAUCCAUUUUUUGAGAAAUAUGCUGAGAAAAUUCAGCGGAUGCAAGAAAGUACAAGUAUCCUUCAAAGCUCCAAAUCAUCGUCAUUUUUAUACCAGAAAGUAUUGGAAGAUGAAAUUGCUGAGUUUAAGAAAAAAUCAAAAAACGUCAAGAAACACACAAUUUACCAGAAUGCAAAGAGUAGAAGACAUUCUAACUUUUGUAAAGAGGGAUUGGACGCUAUUAUGCACUUGGAUAAAGUCAAGGAAAAUACUGCUGCCAUAAUAGAAGAGCUGUGGAAAGAAUAUCACAGAAAUAAGGACUCUGUAUCAGCAGUUAUACCAUCCACAAUGUAUGAUAAAAUGAUGGAAAACGCAAAGCAAUGUCCGAUCUUUAUUUAUCCUAUACCACGAAAUGAAGGUUUUGAAUUAAUGGUUGGUGAAUUUUCUGAACACGAGUUUUACUUAACAUCCGUCAUAAACUAUCAGACGUUAGGGGAGAACGCUCCUUGGAUAAUCGCUUUAAAGCAUUUCACAGAACUUAAAGAAAGUAAAGGUAUUGUCUUGAUGACUGGUGAAGUUGAUACAAAUCAUCUUGCAAUUCACGAAGCAAUGUUUGUUGCCAAUUUGAUUCAGCUCUACUAUGGUACCGAUGAUGACAAUAAACUCUCCUUAUUGAAAACAUUCAAUCAUAAUCCCGAUCAGUUUAAUCACAUGUCGGUGAUUGAAGAAAUGCAAAGAAGCACUGUUCAGUAUUAAUUUAUCAUUGGUGUUUUAUAACAGUUUUUCAUGGCAGUUCUUGAAAUACGUCGUCUUGGGUUCUCAUAUACAUUACUAACAUUAUACCACUGCAGCUGCACAUAUACACCGUAUAGCUGUAGUUGCAAUCUUUAAUAUAAUAAUCCAUCUUCAUUGUUUUUGGAGUAUUGUAAUGAGUGGCGAAAAUUAAUUUUCAAAUGAAAAUGAAGGAAUUAUUUCCAAUCGUUUUGUGCUAGGUUUACGACAGUCGUUGUGUGUAUUUUACGUUUCCGUUCUAUGUUUCGCAUGCUUACAAGGAAAUCUUAGAAAUUUAGCUGCUCAAUAUUCUGUUCUGUUAAUUAAAUUUCAUUUCAAAUUUGUGAUAA